AUGGAUUAUUUAGACGGUAGACAUAGAUCAAAAACCGCUCCGUACUUAGAAGUUUCAUCUGAUGAUGAAAUAAUCUUAUAUCGACAAGGUGUAACAACCAAAAAUGCUCGUAUCCAAACUUCAUUCACACCAGAUGAAAACGAUUAUCCUCGACGACAUGUCAAAAGUAAAAAUGCUCGAGUACAAACGAUGUUAACAGCAGCUGAAGUUGAUGAUCAAUCAAAUGACUUCCAUCGAUACUCACGAAAUAGAGAUCCACCCGUUUCAUCUGAUAAACUUGUUGAUGAACAAAGAGAUCAGAUUCAAGCACCACCAAUUCGAGGACAACGAGUGCUUGUCGAUGAACCAGAUGCAGACCCCAGUAAAAAAGCAACCGAAGAUAGUCCGAAAGACGUAUCAAUUGUAGAAAUGGAGCCAGUAAAUCCUAUUGCUGGAUAUGCUGAAGAGCCUCUUGUAUCCCUUGUUGAAGCAUGUGAACCACUAACUGAUCUUCUACAUAAUGUGUCAUUCUAUGUUGAAUUAGCAUUGAGUAAAACACCUGAUGCUCCACCGGAUGAUUUAACAAUCGAUGAGAGUGCUGCAAUUCGUCUUUACACAAUCGAAUGGGAUCAUCCACAUCGAAGUCUUUAUUCCAUGGUAAAUUUUCACUUGAAAAAUCUCGAUCGAGAAAAGCUUUUACCCUAUUACAAAUAUUUGAAAUUGUUCAUAACUGCUCUUGUUAAAUUACCGUGUGUUCCACCGUUGACUGUUUGGAGAGGUGUAACAAAGAACUUAAGUAAAGAUUUUCAACAUGGCACAAGCAUCACGUGGUGGGCAUUUUCGUCAACAACAAGUGAAAUGACUGUACUGGAAAACAAUAUGUAUUUAGGUAACCGAGGUGAUCGAACAUUGUUUUCAGUUGAAGCGAUCAAUGGUCGAACCAUCAAAGCACAUUCACACUUUGUUACAGAAGAUGAAAUUUUACUUUUACCGGGUACUCAUAUGGUCGUUCAGUCACAACUUUCGCCAGCUGCUCAACUUUUUAUUAUUCAUUUGAAGCAAGUUAUUCCGGAAGAGACAUUACUCGAACCACCCUAUCCAGGUGCACAUAUUUAUCCGAAAAUCAGCCGUCCUUGGUAUCGGAAGAAGAGAUUUAUGAUUCCGUUCUGUGCGUUGGCCAUUUUGAUCAUCGUUGGGGUUGUUGUGGGUGUUGUACUAGGGACAAAAUCAAAUACUAAAUCAACACUGAUUAAAUGUACAAGUCCGUUUCAAGCGAGUGACUUUUACAACACUGGACGAUCGCCAAGUUCUUUAGUAGUAGGACACUUUACGAAUCUUCAACAACUCGAUAUCGCGGUGUCCAACACGAAAGAUAAUAACGUUGGUCUCUUAGUUGGUGACGGACAUGGAAGUUUAAAUAUUGCUCGAGGCGACACUGGUGCGUCGCCUGUGGCAAUGGCAUCGGGCGAUUAUAAUGGUGAUGGUCUUAUGGAUAUAGUCGUAGCAAAUCGUGAUGAUAACACCAUUCGUGUGUUGAUUAACAAUGGGAACGGAGGACUUACGGUGGGGAACGACUAUGACGCAGGCCAAUCGCCAUUUUGUAUUGUUGCUAAUGACUUCAAUGGCGAUGCAAAACUGGACGUGGUAGUUCUUGAUCAAUAUGAAAACUAUGCUCGGUUAUUCGUAGGUGCUGGUGAUGGGUCACUUUCACUUUGGAACACAUUUUAUGUGAAUCCUAAUCCAUCGUCGAUAGCAGUAGGUCUCUUUAAUGAUGAUAAUAUAUUAGAUUUGGCAGUAACUAACACGUAUGAUAAUAUUGUCUCAGUUUUGAUUGGUCAGAGAAAUGGUACUUUUCAAUAUCCAGUUACAUAUGGUCUUAGUUACUCACCGUAUAUGGUCAUAACGGACGAUUUUAAUAAUGAUUCCUUCUUGGACCUUGCUGUGACGAUUCAAGUCGAUGGCACUGUUAACGUCCUACUUGGCAAUGAAAAUGGAACUUUUAAUUAUCCUAAAGUAUCGUACGCAACCUAUUAUCCAUCCUUUUUAGUAUCCGGGUAUUUUGAUAAUGAUACGAAAUUGGAUUUAAUUGUAGCGUCCACAUACGGUGGAUAUCUCAACAUUUUGUUUGGAAAUAACGAUGGAUCAUUUGGAUAUCCAUAUCAAGGUGGUAGCGGGUACUAUUACUACGGUAGCGGAUCGUAUUCUGGCAGUGGCAGUGGCAGUGGCAGUGGCAGUGGCAGUGGUAGUGGUAGUGGUAGUGGUAGUGGCAGUGGAUCAUCCGGAGAUGGUAGUGGAUCAUCUGGAGAUGGUAGUGGAUCAUCUGGCAGUGGUAGCAGGUCAUUUGAAGAUGAUAGUAGCUCAUAUAAAGCUGCAUCUAGUACGCCAACAUAUACAUCAAGUGGAACAGUAUAUGUUGGAUAUAACCCAACGGCUGUCGUGGUAACUGACUUUGAUGAUGAUGGACAUUCAGAUUUUAUAGUAACCAUCUCUAAUGAAAAUAAAGUGAAGAUCUUUCUUGGCACAGGAUAUGGUGCUUUUACUGAACAGUAUUCUUAUGGUACAGGUUCAUAUCCGUCAUCUAUAAUCUUGGGACCUUUAAACAAAGAUAAGGCACUAGAUUUAGCAGUGAGCAAUCAAUAUGACAACACGAUUAGUAUUUUAUAUAAUUAUGGCGAUGGCGUAUUUCGUACUCCGUUAACAUAUAGUGUUGGCGUAGCACCAGACUCUCUGGUAACCGCUGAUUUCAAUGGCGACCAAAAAUUAGACCUAGCGGUAAUUAACACCAAUAGCACUAGUUUCAGCGUUUUAAUCAGCAAUGGAUCAGGUAUAUUUCUCGAUGCCGUCAACUAUUUACUCAAUAACACUCCGAUAGCUAUAGUAACAAGUGAUUUGAACGAUGAUAAUAAACUAGAUAUUGCAGUGAUUAUUGUAGCUGACAAUCACAUCAAAGUAUUUCUGGGUGACGGCACUGGAGUCUUUCACAAAGGAGGUGACAUCGUAGUUGACAGUAGACCGAUAUCUUUCAUAUCCACUGAUUUGAAUGGUGACAAAAACAUCGAUCUGGUGUUUGUUAAUCCAGGGAAUAAUAGUAUCAGCACUUAUCUGAGUGAUGGCCGUGGACAUUUUCAGCACAAGGCGGAUUAUUUCGUCGGUAAAGCACCAUCGUCGACAGUGUCAAGUGACUUGGAUAAUGAUAGUUUCCUCGAUUUAGUAGUUACUAACUAUGGUCGAAAUACUGUAACUAUUCUUUUUGGCAGAGGCGAUGGAACAUUUUCUCAACAACUAAAUCAAACAGUUGGCAAAUAUCCUAGUAAGGCGACAACGGCAGAUUUAGAUAAUGAUGGAUAUUUAGAUGUGAUCACGAUUAAUUACGGUGAUAAUACCAUCAGUGUUCUAUUGGGGAAUGGAAAUCGAACGUUUUCGUCGCAGGUUAAAUAUGCAACUGGUGUUCAACCAAGUGAUAUUGCGAUUGGGGAUCUGAAUAAAGACAACAAGAUCGAUGUAAUUGUUACGAAUAGUCAAUCGGAAAAAGUAUCCGUGUUUUUGAACAAAUGUAGCAAUGUUACAGCCACUACUUCAUAA